AUGUCGCAGCUCCUGUCGAGCCUCAUCGAGCUGCCCACGCAGACCCUCGUGCUGGCCACGGCGGUCGCGGUCGGCGCAGCCGCCUUGCUUGUCCACGCCUACCUCUUCGACGCCGUCGGCAAGCACGGCAACCUGCCACCGGGCCCGCCCGUCGACUCUCUCUUCUCUGGCCACCGCAUCCCGUCCACUCACCCAUGGCGGUACCUCGAGAAGCUGACCGAAGAGUACGGCGACAUCUUCACGCUGCGCAUCGGCCGGUCGCCCCUCUUUGUGCUGGGCCGCGCGUCGUCGGCGCACCGGAUCCUCGAAAAACAGUCGGCCCUCUCGUCGAGCCGGCCGCGCCUCGUCCUCGCCGGCGAGCUGCUGUCGAACAACAAGCGCAUCCUCCUCAUGCCCUACGGCGACCAGUGGCGCCUCUACCGCAAGGCGAUGCACGAGACCCUCAACGACACCGUGGCAAAGCAGUACGAGCCCAUCCAGGAGCGAGAGGCGCGCAUCGCCACCCUGCACCUCGGCCGCCUCGGCCAGGCGGACGGCGGCGGCGGCGACUUCCAGCGGGUGCUGCACCGCUACGCCGCCAGCGUCAUUAUGCAAGUUACCUACGACUAUCAGGUCCAGACGCUCGACGACCCGCUCGUCCGCUCAGUCGCGCAGCGCGGACACGCCCUCGCCAUGUGCAUCCGUCCCGGCGCCAGCGUGCUCGACCGGUACCCGCUGCUGGAGCACGUCCCCACCUGGCUCAACCCGUGGAAGCAAGAAGGGCUGCGCCUGCGGAAGCUCGAGCAGGAGCUGUACCUCGGCCAGGUGAUCAAGGUGCGCGAGCGCAUGGAGCGCGGCGAGUGCGCGCCCUGCUUCGUGUCCAAGAUGACGGAGCGACAGCAGGAGCUGGGCCUCACCGACCUCGACGUGGCGGGCAUGAGCGGAAGCCUGUUUGGCGCCGGAUCCGACACCACCGCCAGCGCGCUCAGCAUCUUUGUCAUGGCCGUGUGUCGGUACCCGGCGGUGCUGGCCAGGUUGCACGAGGAGCUGGACCGCGUGGUGUCCAGGGACCGCAUGCCCACCUUUGACGAUAUCCCGCAGAUGCCCUACGUCCGCGCCACGGUGCAGGAGGUGCUGCGGUGGCGGCCCGUCAGUGCCGGAGGCUUCCAGCACUCGCUGACGGCCGACGUCGAGUACAAGGGCUACGUCCUGCCCAAGGGAUCGACCGUCGUCGGCCCGCACUGGUCCAUCUCGCGGGACGAGCACGAGUACCCUGAGCACGACGUGUUCAAGCCCGAGCGGUUCCUCCAGAGCGGCGGUGCAGAAGCGAACGGAACCUCGGCGCAGGACGAGGUCAAGGGCACCUGGUUCGCGCCGGCGCGCGGCAGCGUGGCGUUUGGCUUCGGCCGCCGCGUCUGCCCGGGCCUCAACGUGGCCAUGCGCUCGCUUCACAUCAACAUCGCGUGCAUGGCGUGGGCGUUCGACAUCGCCCAGCCCGACGGCCGGCCGGAGCGCGUCGACACGUUUGCCUUCAACUCGGCCGCCAACUCGCACCCGCUCCCAUUUGACGCCACCUUCACCUACCGCGACCCGGCGAGGAAGGGCGUGGUCGAGGAGGAAAACAUCGCCACCGGCGAGCUCGACAGGAUCGCAGCGUCGCGAGGUGCGACCUAG